CUCUCAGAAGCUACUUCCUCCUAUGAGUAAUAAGAGUUGCUCACAAUGACGGCCGCAUUGCUCAGAGUGGCGAGGCACAGCAGCCAUAGAAACGCUCCAAAUCAGCUCUGUGAUCCGGCUUCCCUUAACUUCUGAUGUUUUGACAGUAAACAUUCAACUGUUUCAAAACGCAGGCCAAUCGCUAUGGAGAUGCAGAUGAACCAAGCUUAAGAAGGUGCCCAGAUUCCCAAAUCUCCCUAAACUGUGUCAUGGACCACCGAAAGCAGCACACCAAAGUGGAGCGUUUUCUCAAGCUGGGUUACUCCCACGAGGACAUUGAUAGCGUACUGAAGAGCCUCGACCGUGAUGCCCAGACCAACGACAUUCUCGAAGAGCUCAUCAAGACCUGCCACAUUCGCAGUGACAAAAGUGUCCCAAGCAGCCCCAAACUGGUGUCAAGAGGCUGCAGCCCCGGGCCCACCAGACCAGUACCAGACAAAGAGACUGCUUUUGCUUUCCGACCAGUCGUCAUAGAUGGAAGCAAUGUUGCCAUGAGCUACGGAGACAAGAAGGUGUUCUCGUGUCAGGGCCUCCAGAUGGCAGUGAACUGGUUCUGGGAAAAGGGACUGCGAGACAUCACCGUGUUCAUUCCCCUGUGGAGGAAGGAGCAGCCACGACCCGAGGCCCCUAUUACAGAUCAACACAUUCUCCAUGAUCUAGAGAGGAGGAAGAUUUUAGUGUACACACCAUCCCGUUGUGUGAACGGCAAGAGGGUGGUGUGCUAUGACGACCGCUACAUUGUGAGGCUGGCUUACGACGUAGACGGGAUCAUCGUAUCCAACGACAACUACCGUGACCUUCAAACGGAGAAUCCCCAGUGGAAGAAAUUCAUCGAGGAGCGACUGCUGAUGUACACCUUUGCCAAUGACAAGUUCAUGCCUCCAGAUGAUCCUUUGGGUAGAAACGGUCCCACCAUUGAUGAUUUUCUACGAAAGAAGCCAAAGAAUGCAGACAACAAACUGCUACACUGUCCUUAUGGAAAAAAGUGUACGUAUGGCGUGAAGUGCAAGUUCUAUCACCCAGAAAGGACCAACCAAUCACAACUGUCUGUGGCUGAUGAGCUCAGGGACAGAGCCAAGACCUCAAGCUACAAACCAACCGUUCAAGACACACAUACACACCACUAUACCCCCUCCACCAACACAGACGAGCCUCUGCACAGUGACCACUUCAUCUAUCAGAGAGACAGCAGCAGCCCCAAGGGUCCGGCAGGCCUCCCGCCUUGGCCAAACAUGGAAGCGGAUGAAGCGUUCAGCUCACUGGACAGCUGCAUGUCCAAACUCCAAUUCCAGGAUGGGCCCUACGGCAUAAGCAGGCCCCCCUACAGCUUCAGCAGCGGGGUGGCCAGCUACAGCCCGAGCCAUGACGACUACUCCCUCUCGGGGUCGCACAGCGGCAACAACCAAAAGUUCAGCGGAGGAACUUACUACCUUCCUCAACAUAGUUGCGAGCGGUCCGCAUGCCCUCACUGUACGUGUGGUUACCAUCAGCCUGGGGCGCAACCCCACGCCCACCACCCUGCCUGGGCCUCCUACCCGGCUGUGCCUUUACAUCAGCAGGAGCAUCCCUCACACUUUUCUGAGAAGCACUACUUCAGGCACCCUGCACACAAGCAGAGCCAAAGCCUGCCCAACGAUGCGUGGGUGCACGGCAACCGCGCUGGCAGCCCGUCAGGCGAGCUGCGCAAGGAGAUGAGGACCCAGCUGAGCACACUCUUCCCCAAGAACACAGUUGAUGGCGUCAUGAACGCCUAUCCACAUGUGUCAGACAUGUCUGAACUGAUGUCUCUGAUUCAGAGCUACAGGAGCAAUCACAUUGGCUUCUGAUUCUAGAAGCAAAUUACUGUACUGGAAAAAAAUAAUAAUAAUAACGUGGCGUCCGAUUUGUUCGGAUUUCAAAUCAGUUUUCCCAUAGGAAACAAUGGAAAUAUUAUCAACCCAUUCCAGGGUCAUACUGUCGCUGUCAUAAAACCUUUAUGAAUAUACAGGUAAUGUUUUUAUUAAUGGGUUUACAUUCUUAAUUAUCAUCUAAAAAGAAGUAUGCUAAAAAAAACUCAUUAUGAAAAGCUGUUUGAGCAUUUAUUUGUUAUCCUUCAUAUCCAGCAUUAGGUCCGUGUAUGAGUACACUCUUUGUCCUCUCUCGCGAGACAAUUCAGCACUGCACUAGUAGGGCCUGACUCGAAUGACCUCAGGGGAAAUGUGUUAGCCCAAGACAAGCAAUUUGAGAAUAAUAAGCGAUAUGCAUUGAAGGAGACAGUUCAAGUACAACUCGGAGAAGCUUCGGCCUAUUUCAACUUCAGUGAGGUCAUAUAUACAUGAACAGGCAGUUAGUUAUCAUCUGACUCAUGCAACUGGCACCCCUCCCCCUCAAUCAAAGACAUCUUGCUUUGUCAUACAGCAAUAUACUAGUACAACCCCAAUUCCGAUGAAGCUGCGACAUUGUGUUAAACAUAAAUAAAAAUAGUAUACAAUGAUUUGCAAAUCAUGUUCAGCCUAUAUUUAAUUGGAUACACUACAAAGACAAGAUAUUUAAUGUUCAAACUGAUAAACUUGAUUGUUUUUAGCAAAUAAUGAUGAACAUGGAAUUUGAUGGCUGCAACACGUUCCAAAAAAGCUGGGACAGGUGGCAUGUUUACCACUGUGUUACGUCACCUUUUCUUUUAACAACAUUCAAUAAACGUUUGGGAACUGAGGACACAAUUGUUGAAGCUUUGUAAGUGGAAUUCUUUCCCAUUCUUGCUUGACGUACAGCUUCAGCUGUUCAACAGUCUGGGGUCUCCGUUGUCGUAUUUUACGCUUCAUAAUGCGCCACAGCGGCAUGGUGGACGACUGGUUAGAGCGUCUGCCUCACAGUUCUGAGGACCGGGGUUCUUUUCCUCUUUUUCCCGGAGGACACGACGUCCACAAUUUCCCAAAACAAUUUGAAAUGUGGACUCGUCCGACCACAGAACACUUUUCCACUUUGCAUAAGUCCAUCUUAGAUGAGUUCGGGCCCAGAGAAGCCGGCGGCGUUUCUGGGUGUUGGCGAUAAAUGGCUUUUGCUUUGCAUAGUAGAGUUGCAAGUUGCACUUACGGAUGAAGCGCUGAACUGUAUUUACUGACAUUGGUUUUGUGAAGUGUUCCUGAGCCCAUGUGGUGAUAUCCUUUACACAUGGAUGUCGGUUUUUGAUGCAGUGCCAGCUGAGGAAUCGAAGGUCACGGGCAUUCAGUGUUGGUUUUCGGCCUUGCCGCUCACAUGCAGUGAUUUCUCCAGAUUCUCUGAACCUUUUGAUGAUAUUAUUUCCCUAAAUUCCUUGCAAUUGUACGUUGAGGAACAUUGUCCUUAAACUGUUCAGCGAUUUUCUCACGCGCUUGUUCACAAAGAGGUGAACCUCGCCCCAUCUUUGCUUGUGAAUGACUGAGCAAUUCAGCGAAGCUCCUUUUCUACCUAUUUUCUCACGCACUUGUUCACUCGUUUUCUUUUUUGCCACCUGGCCCAGCUUUUUUAGAACGUGUUGCAGCCAUAAAAUUCUAAGUUAAUGAUUUUUUGUCAUAAAGUUUUAUCAUUAAAUAUCUUGUCUUUGUAGUUAGUGUAUUCAAUUAAAUAUAGGUUGAACAUGAUUUGCAAAUCAUUGUUUUCUGUUUUUAUUUAUGUUUAACACAACGUCCCAACUUCAUUGGAAUCGGGGUUGUAAAUGGAUCUCAAGAUGGAUAACAAGGAUAUUGAAUAAAUGCUCAAAUGGCUUUCCCUAUCUCAUCCUUAAUUUCUGGUUCACUCGGAUUGUUCACAUAUGCAGAAAAAUGCUGACCAAUCACUGAGUGUGUAUUGUAUGGCUGAAAGAGACCAAGGGUGCCCAUAAACGUGAUGUAAACAUUUGCUCUUUACAAAGUGUAAAAGUGCAAUGCACUAUGCUCCCGACAAGCUACUGACUGUAGCACUGACUUUUUAAAUUGAAGCAGCAAGUGUUGUUUUCUCAUGUUGCCUCAAAGUGAGGAAGGCUAUUCUGUACAUUACUCUAUUGGUAUGUUGUUUUUUAAAUUAAAUACACAAGCAAUUGAA